AAAUAUUCCUACACAUCUCUAUCCCUCUUUUCUUCUUUUUUGAUUCAUUGUGAGUUCGAUGUCUGUAUAUAUAUCUAAACGAGAAGCUACUCCUAAUCAGUGCACUUAUAGUUCAGUGAGCGAUCGAUAAUUGGCAUGGCGGGGCAGAGGAAUGUAGGUAUAGCAGUCGACUUCUCUCCGUGCAGCCAGGCGGCGGUGCACUGGGCGUCGGAAAACCUGGUGAGAGGAGGCGAUCGCGUCGUUCUCGUCCAUGCCGUCUCCUGCUACCAUAUCGAGCAAGGAGUUAUUAACCUCUGGGAACGAUCCGGAUCGCCUCUCAUUCCAUUGAACGAGUUGUGCACUCCCAACGUCUGCAAGCAAUAUGCUGUGGAACCGGACUCUGAAACACUGAAGAUGCUUGAGCAAAUGGCCAGCCAGAAGAGAGUUGAGGUGGUGGCGAAGGUGUACUACGGUGAUGCGAAGGCCAAGCUGUUGGAGGCCAUCGAGAGGGUCCCGUUGGAUUGUCUCGUUGUUGGAAGCAGAGGACUCAGCAAACUCAAGAGGUCCCUUAAUUAUCUCAAUCCCAGCCGUUGGGGCACUUUUGGGAAGCGUAAGCAGCCAUGUGGUGACCAAUGCUCUGUGCCCUGUCACCGUUGUUAAGAAGUAAAGCGAGUUCUCUUCUCACUUCUCAGUCAUCAUUUGAAUAAUCAAUGAUACGUAUAUAUGUAAUAUAUUUCAGAUGAAAUAAUCAGAUAGUUUCCUGGUGCUGUAGUUUCAGGAACUACUGUGUACGUGCUGAUGAGCCAUGUUUCUAUAGAAAAACAACUUUUGUGAA